AUGAGUGACAUUGAGAAAACACCAGAAACACAUGAGAACCAAACAAUAAGAAUCUCAACCCCACCAUUGGAAAAUGAAGAAAAGAGAACGGAUGAAGUUGUGAAAAAACUUUGUUCAAAAGAAAUGAGUUCAGAUAAGAAGAGAACAAGAAGUUCCAGUAACAACGAAGUAGAAGAGAAUGGCGAAAAAGAAGAAACAGACCAGGAAGGAAAAGACAAAGAAAAGAAGGUCAGUAGGGAGAGAUUACUUUCGUUCAUGUUCAAACGAAAAACAAACGAAAAAACAACUAUAUCUGAAUCACCAAAAAAAAGUCAUAAAGAAAAGAAAAAAGAAGGAGAAGAGGAAGAAGGAAAGCUAAAAAGAAAAGAGUAA